CGGAGAGAUUAAAGUGGAAACCUCUUUUCCAUCUUUUAAUGGCAAUAAUCCUAAUGACCCUCUCCUUCUCCGAACUGCCCUCCCCAAAGAUCCCACCUUUCUCCCCCUUCUCCCGCUCUCGUGCUCUCCUCAUCUCGUCGCGCAUCCGCAGGAGGUCGUCCAACCUCGGCGCUCGGUCCCGGAGACGGGCUCGCCGGAGAAACCCGCCGGACCCGCCGGGUCGCGACAUGUCCACCGCCGUCCAGAUGCCGCCGCCGGCGGGGGCCGGCCGCCGGUGGGACGAGGAUCAUGAGCUGUUGCUGAAUUCCAUGGGGGCAGGAAAUGGGGAUACGUUGACAGCAAAAACUGACAAAGAAACAAGCACUUCCAGUAAAAAUGUUCUUCGCAAGAAAAACAGCUAUACAAGUGCAAUUAAGUUUUUUGGGGUCGACUUGUCCCCAGACAAUAUUGCAGUUGCGAUGGUUUAUUUUGUUCAAGGUGUCUUGGGCCUUGCAAGACUCGCCGUCAGUUUUUAUUUGAAAGAUGAUCUGCAUCUAGAUCCUGCAGAGACAGCUGUCGUAUCUGGUUUUUCUGCAUUACCAUGGCUCAUAAAACCUCUAUAUGGGUUUAUCAGUGACUCUGUCCCACUUUUUGGUUACCGAAGAAGAUCAUACUUGGUUUUAUCAGGGCUUCUGGGAGCACUUUCAUGGAGUUUAAUGGCCACCUUUGUUGAUAGCAAAUACAGUGCAGCAUUCUGCAUACUGCUUGGAUCUCUCUCUGUUGCCUUCUCUGAUGUUGUUGUGGAUUCCAUGGUUGUGGAGAGGGCCCGUGGUGAAUCACAAAGCAUGUCUGGAUCCCUUCAGUCCUUAUGCUGGGGAUCCUCAGCUUUUGGUGGAAUUGUGAGCUCUUACUUUAGUGGGUCCCUUGUGGAUGCAUAUGGCGUAAGGUUUGUAUUUGGUCUUACAGCCCUGCUACCUCUGAUAACGUCUGCGGUAGCUGUUCUUGUUAAAGAGCAGCCAGUGGUUGGUUCAGUAAGAGCACUGAAACAGAAUCUUCCUCUUGCCAAUGCUGGCUUUGUGGAAAAGUCAAAAGAGGAUAUUAUAAAGCUCUGGGGUGCAGUGAAGCAACCCAAUGUACUUCUCCCCACAUUAUUCAUCUUUCUUUGGCAGGCUACACCACAAUCAGAUUCGGCUAUGUUUUACUUCACCACAAACAAACUUGGUUUCACUCCGGAGUUUCUUGGACGAGUCAAACUUGUUACUUCCAUUGCGUCACUUUUAGGUGUUGGACUCUAUAACGGGUUUCUGAAAAAGGUUCCACUACGGAAGAUCUUUGUUGCAACAACAUUAUUCGGAUCAGCGCUGGGGAUGACACAGGUUUUCCUUGUGAAAGGCUUAAACCGUCAAUUCGGUGUAAGCGAUGAAUGGUUUGCAAUUGGAGACUCCUUAAUAUUGACCGUUCUGGGCCAGGCUUCUUUCAUGCCUGUCCUUGUCCUGGCGGCAAGACUAUGUCCAGAGGGAAUGGAAGCUACACUUUUUGCUACCCUCAUGUCCAUAUCCAAUGGGGGGAGCGUGGUAGGUGGGCUUAUCGGUGCUGGACUGACACAGCUCUUUGGUAUCACCAAGGACAAGUUUGACAAUUUGGCCUUUUUGAUAGUGCUGUGCAAUCUCAGCUCGUUGUUGCCCUUGCCUCUCCUUGGCCUCCUUCCGCAGGAUGAUUCUGAUGCCACCUUAGAGGAUGAAGAUAUUGAGAUGAAGUCCAACUGAGUGGUUUGUGCCACUAGGUUUUCCAAGUUUGGGCACAUCCACUGUCAGAUUGUUCACCUUACUGUAGAAUAUGCGCAUGUGCCCACAGAGAGAGAGAGAGAGAGAAUCACAAGGAUCCAUGAUCAAGGGCAAGUUGGCCAGAACUACAGCUUCCGCUCAUUCCAAUCUGUUGUUGUGAAGCCACUCUUCCUCCGAAUGCAGUGACUUUUCCGAAAUCUGAGCCUUACUGUAGUUAGUGGAUUCGAAGGUUCUAUUAUGCCCAAACUGUCAUGGAUUCAACUUCUCAGUAGGUGCUUGAAAUAAUAUACUCGGUGAGUUCACCUUAUCCAAUAAGAAAGUACGACUCUUUUCCCCUA